UACAAAUAAAUAAAUAAAUAAAUGUACCAGUGCUGUAGCUGCCCCCACCCCAUUACAACAACAACAACAAAGACGAAAUAUUUACUCUCCGUAAGGACGCGUUAGUUCCCAUCACAUACAACCUAAUCCCGUUGCUGCCCUUCAUAUACUAACUACAACGGUUUCCGCUGACAGGCGACGUGUAUAUCCGUAAGGCAAGACUCUGCCUUUUACCCUUCACACUCCGACACCAAUUCCGUCGUGGCCUUAAUCAAACAACAAAGACGCAACAUUUUAUAAUUGGGGAUAACGAAAAGCAAAACCGUGGGGAAGUCAACACAUCUGUCAUAAUUGGUAUCUCACCUGUGGCAAAGAUGAUUCAUUGGGCAUUGCAUUACUAGCAGUCAUCAGGAAACCUAGUCAGAGACCAGGCUUGGGGGGGAAACAUUGAUCCUCGGAAUCCCCACAAGGUAACCAUGAGAUGGCAGUAGAAGACCUGGAGCCGCUUACCAAAACACAUCAUGAAGAUGGAGGGGAGAGAGAGCAGGAAAAGAACUCUGGAGAUGCUCUCAAUGCCAUCUUGACUACAGCUCUCCAUAAACAUGCUGCGAGAAAACUUGGAAAGAAACUGAGCAAAAAAAAGAAGGAUGCAGCAAAUACUGAGAAUGACACUAACCAACUGCAAGACGUAAAGGAAUUUAAUAAGAGGACGAGCAAGCAAGAUACGGUAAAAGUUGCACAAGAUGAUGUUGAACUGCAAGCAGUCACAAAGAUCAAAAGUUAUAAGAACAAAAAUAAAAAACAUGAAGGGCAAGAUGAUGAUCAGGCAGAAAAUGUUGAAGAAUAUCUCAAGAAACGUAGGGAAAAGGAUCUUGCAGAACAAAUACAAGAUUUGACAUCUAAGGAAAAUGAGGUUAUCAAGAAGAAUGAAAGUGGACCAGAUGAAGAAAAUCUCUGUGUUCCCAGUAUUAGCACUUCAACUACAGAGUACCUGAAGGCAGUCUCGGUGCCAAAAAAGAAACAUAUCAAGAAGUCCAAGAGACCUACUAAAGAUUCAGAUAAGGUAUUGGGUGUUACAAUCCAUUGUGCUGACCGUUUUGAAGGAUCUCCUAUGUUACUUCCCCAUCCUGUAGUCCAGGUGCACAUUAGUAACUUGGAUACAGGCCAUUGGCUCCUGAAAUCAAGUAAGGAUCGUAAAGCAACAUCCUAUUAUGAGGGGAAUGAAGUUGACUACAUCAUGCCCAUCAUGACUCAACCAUAUGAUAUAAAAAAGGAAAGGAGUCUUUGUUGCAAGUGGGAAGAACAACUAAUAAUCAAUGAACCAAGCAACCACUUCACAUCACUUGAUCCUCAAGUUUUAAUACUCUUUCAGCUGAUGGAUUUUCCAACCCCAUCAAGAAAUAACUCUAGCAUUCCAUCAAACAACUGUGGAUGGAUAACAUUUGCUUGGGCUUUUCUUAAAAUUAAAGGAGCUAAUAAUCACAUAAAUAUUGGUCAUCAGCUCCGGCUGCAGUUAUGGAGGCCCCGAAAGUCCUCCAAUGUAAACCUUCAAGAUCUUCAUAGCUGGUGGAAGAGUGGGAAUAGGAACAAAUAUCCUUCAACACUAUAUGUCACACUUCAGGAAGUUUCCAUUCCCCAAAAUCCUCAUCCAGCUCUUAGAUCCAUGCUUGCUACUCAACAAGAACAAGGAGGAGGAGCAGCUCUAAUGGAUCUCUUGGAUCAGUGUUCGGCUAAUGGAUCAAAUCAGAACCCCUCUUCUGAUCAGAGCAAACCAGUGGUGAAUUGGGGACGUAAACCCAACCAAUCUUGCAGGAUCCUCAAUUCUGUGAAGCAUUGUUUGUCACACUCUGAGAAAGGAUGCUUGGUAGUUAAAUUUUCAAAUGAUGGUCUGAAACUUGCAUGUGGCACUCAUAAGCAAAUCCUUAUAUAUGAUGUCUUGGGAGGAUAUUUAAAGCACACGUUAACUGGUCAUCUGGGGCUCAUUUAUGAUAUUUCCUGGAGUGAUAAUGAUCAUCUGCUAUUAACAGCCUCAGCUGAUUCAACUGCAAGAGUUUGGCAUGUAGAUGCUACAAAUGAACAUGAACAAUGUCAGAUUUUGGCUCAUCCUUCCUACGUUUAUGUUGCUCGCUUUGUGCCUGCUAAAUCUCAUGUUAUUGUGAGUGGUUGCUAUGAUCAUGUGCUAAGGAUUUGGUCUUGUAAUAAUAAUGGCAGCUAUUCUAUUACUCAGGAACUGUCAAAUCAUCUUGGCUUUGUUAAUGCAUUGUGCUUUAAUCCAGAAGGAAAUAUUCUUUUCUCUGGAGAUAAACAAGGUGUUAUUCUGGUGUGGAAGGUUGAUGUUUCAAAAAAAGGUAAAGGGAAGAAAAAACCAAAGGUUCUUAUUUUGGAACGUGAAGUUAAGAUCAGUGAUAUUGCUGGCAACAUUAUCAACUACAUCUCAUUCCAUCCUGGUGGGUUUCGCUUGCUUGUUCAUACAAGAGAUAGUCAGAUAAGACUUCUUAAUCACAAACAUUGGACGAUAACACACAGACUUCGAGGAUUGCUAAAUGUUCGAGAACAGAUGCGAAGUUGUAUUAGUCCUUGUGGUACAUUGAUAUUUUCAGGUAGUGAAGAUCAUGGGCUUUAUGUGUGGAAUUCAGAUACAGGCGAUAUGAUUUCAGCUCUUAUGGACCUACCAAUAGAGGGAACUAUUUCCUGUGUUGACUAUCAUCCAAAUGACCACAUGAUGGCUGUGUGUUCUUAUUCCAGUGAAGCUCCUGUUCUUAUUUUGGGUUAUAAUCCAGCACCUAAACCAGCUAAUACUGCUGUCCGAAGGUCUGUCCAACCAGCUGCCUCAAGAAGCUUACAAACUUCUGCAGUAAGAAGCCCAAGCCCCAAUCAGUUGCCUCUGAAACAGCCUUUAUCCCUAAGUCUUACAGACCCAAGUUACACUAUGUUCAAAUCUGAAUCUUCUCCAUCAAAAUCUAAGUUAAAAUAUUGGGAGGAAAGAGACUCAGAAAUACAAAGUUUUACUUAUAGUCAAUCAGUCGUGGAUAAAAGGCAUACAAUCUUUAAUCUAAGCAGUCAGUACUUGAUGGAUACUGAUCAGAUGCUGAAUGGGAGAAGGCACUGGGACCAUCAUGGGGAUAAGAUACUAAAGAAAUUAGAUUCUGUGCUGAAGAUGGCAAGCGAAGAUCCAUUAAACAUGCGUGAUGACAAAAUCAUUGAUGAAGUUUUACCUUUGGGACAACUUGCUACAGUUUUAUAUGACUACCACAGCACUAAACCAGAUGAGCUGUCAGUUAAACAAGGUGAUUAUGUGAUAGUAGUACAAGAGACUAAUGGAGACUGGUGGCUUGUACGCACGGCAGACAUGAGGACCGUAGGCCUUGUACCUGCGUCGUAUCUUCAGCAGCUGCCAGGAGGAUUUAGGCAAGAGCAGGAAGAUGAAACGGAUUUAGGAAAAGUCAUUGCAGUGCCGUCAGGGUCUGGAGAAGUCAGCUUUAUCACUGAUGUUGAUGGCACUCCAAGCAAAGCACGUGCACGUAGACAUAAAGCUAAAGCCCAGUCACCAAAGAUAUUCACGUCAACUCCAAAAGGCAAAGAAAAUACAUAGUUAUCCUAACAUGGAACCAUAAUUAUAUGGUGUGGUAAUUCUGUAUUAAAAUAUGUGGGUGGAGUUAUGAAAGCUCCAGCUGGAUAUGCAAGUUAUGAAACUACUUUGCAAGAUAUGUGGGUGGAGUUACAAAACCUAAAGGUAGGCUAAAUAUGUGGGUAGAGCUACAAAACGACUUGGCCGAGUAUGUAGGUAGAGCUACAAAACCACUUAGACGAAUGUGUUGGUAGAGUUGUAAAACCACCAGCUGGUAUAGGUUUAAUGGGAUGGUUAUUACAUUAUCACAAAUUCAGGGAAUUUGUAAAUGCUGUAACAAAGUCAUUUAGUAGAUAUAUAAAAACUUACAAAUAUACUUACCUCAGAAUUUUGAAGAUUGACUCGAGCUAAAUAAAACAAAGCUCCCCAGUCUGUAUUUCAGAUACAAUAUGCACUGUGCAGUAAGUGUUGGUAUCUGAUGUAUAUUUACACAAGGCAUUUUUAAAGAAAUACAGGCUCAGUAAGGUUACAAACAUAGGGACAUGAAUUAUAUUGAUAUGUUUCUUGUCUUAUUAUUUGUGUUCAACAAUUAUUUAAUCAUGCUGGGGAGAAGGUAAGAAAUUAACAGUAUUUGUAUUAGAGUAUAGGUAAUCUCAGUCUCUCAAUCAGUCAGUAUCGGUAAUCUUCAGUCAAUCAAUCACUCAGUGUGAAUGCGUCCCCCUCUCUCUCCUCUAAUUAGAGGGUACUAGUACUGUAACAUGAGUUAUAGUACUAGUUUUAGUAUAGUAUUAGUUUUAGCCAGUUAAUACCGAUUAGAGUAAUACUAUUAUAAUUUUUCCAUCAUGUAGUCCAGUACCAAAGGUUUGUAUAUGGGGCUUUGCCAUCUUUCAGUACCACAUGCUGGUAUGCCAAGCUUUGUCACCUUGCAGUACCACAUGCUGGUAUGCCAAGUUCUACCACCUUGCAGUACCACAUGCUGGUAUGCCAAGCUGUCAAAAUUUUUUUUUUGACAGCUUGGCAUUUUUGGCAGCUUGGCAGGCAGCUUGGCAGAAUUUUUUAUAACAUUCAGAAUAGUAUUUUGCUUAUCUAGUCAUUUUAAUAAUAGCAUCAGGGACAUUGAACCAGAGAAAACCGAAAAAGUGUGAGGAUCACUGGUUAGACUUCCACAAAGUACUGGAAGGACUCGUAAUGACCAAUGCUUUCCAAUGAAAUUUUUCAGGUAGUUUUCCGCAAUUAACAACCUAAGUUGGUUAUUAAAUGUAAAGUACAUGUGUCACCAUGUAACUUUGUAGAUGACUGUACAAUACACGAGUUGCCAUAUUGAUGGAUGAAUGUGCCUUCCUCUUGUAAAUAAUGCUGCCAUAAGCUUUUAUCAGCAAUAGUAACUAUAUGUCUAGUCACUAUAAUCUUUUUAAAAAAAAAAUUUCAUUAAUUUUUCUGUAGUUCAUAAAGUAAACUUGGCCCUCUGUGCUUCAUUUACAUAAAAUGCAUGUGAACUAUUUGUGCCAUUUGUUAUGCUAACUUGGUUUUCUUUGAGCAAUAAUAAAAAGUUCAAGACAAGUGGGGAUCAUUAUAGUCCGGAAGCAUUAGUGCGCGCACACAACUACCAGUGCCUGUAUAAGACUAGAUACAAUGUGUCCAUAAUGUUGACACAGUGUAUUGCUAUUUGUUUUAAUAAUGUCUUAGAAUUUUUGUUUUUCGUCAGCCAUUGUGCCUUUUUAUGAGAAUUGAUUUCAUUUUUGGACCAGUAGAGUGUUGGAAAGCUUAAUACAAGUAAACAUCACUUUGGUCUGUUUAACUAUUUCUCAAAGAAAAAGAAAGCUAUACGAACAUUCUUGGCUUAGUUGAGCACAUGUAAGAAAAAAUUCUCUGUUGCAUAGUUAGUUAUUCUUUAAUUGCUUUUAACUUUGUUAUGGCUUAUCACUACAAUAUACACUAUACUGUGUAUGUACCGGGUAUAUGAAUUGUUAUUUAUAAAGUUGCACAUAGCUAUGCUACAGUAUAACCAUAGUUGCAUACAAAUGCUGCUUGGUUUCAUUUGACCUAAAUUAAGGAAGAAAUUAUACCUCAUUACAUAAAUUAUAAACUAUUCCUCAUUUGCUAUUACUAAAACACAUAUUUACCAAAGAAUAAAGAUUUCAUAUUGAAUUAUGAACUAAAUAAUUAUAGUCAAAAUGUUAAAAUUUACACUAGAACACUGACUUGGUAGUCUUUUUAAGGACUGCGACACUAUACAACUUCUUGUGUAGAUAAAACCCAAAGUUGAGAGUAAACCUUUAUGAACGAUGAUGUUUUUUCCUAUACGUCUUUUCAGACAAAAUCUCAUCUUUAAAGUCUUGGUAUGUGUCUACAUUUUUGUGAACAUUGUGCCUUAUUAAAAACAAAUUGACACAAAAUUACUAAGGCAAAAAAGAUCUCUUACCAAGAGCAGGUUUGUAGCAAAGAAAUGUACUGAAAAAACUUCUCUGUAAAGAGUGUUGUUAAUAUUUUCAUGGUUUACUCUGGUUGUGUGAAGAAUGGGAACCUAAAUAUUGUAAAGCUACAAAAUAUUAUUUGUCAUUACUUACUGCUGAAUAUUGUUCAUUCUAAUUAUAUAUAUAUUAUAUAUUAAUAUAUAUUUAUUUAUUUAUUUAUUUAUUUCAGGAUAUAGCCUAUUAUGCCUAUACAGUACUUUACAUCUUAAUCACUGUUAGUAAACUCAUUCAUAAUUUAAUUGUUUUAUAAUGCGUAAAUAUAUCAAACCUUCCAAAAUGUUAAA